AUGGCAAAGAGAAAUAAUCACCGUGUUCGUGGAACCUUUGAGAACUCAGGUUAUCCCGGACACGAGCAAGCUGGUCACUCGGCCUCACUUUCGCCCGCUCUCCAUAAUCAUAUACUGGGACGCCAUAGCCCUACUAUGAGGAUGCCAUAUCAAAAAAAGGAAAAUGACACGGACUUUAGAACUUUUGGGGGAGAAGAUAAAGAUAAUGUCGAGAGUGAUACCGAUCUUGGAGCGGUGUCGCUACAAUGUUGUCCUAACAAAGGAGGAACUUAUGAAAUAUCGACAUCUUUGGGGCAGCUGUUCCGAGUCGGUAUCUUGGCAUGUACUAACUGGACGACGGAGGAGCCAACAACACCGUGUUGUUUUAUACAGCCGGACCAUAUCUUUAUGCAGAACGCAGAUGGUGACCAUGUUCCCGUGCAUCAAGUACCAGCGGGUAGCGGACAAGAUGAACCACAUGGGCAUUGCAAGAAUUCUCUCAUGGUAGUGGAAAAGAUUAAGAAUGGAUCUGAUGCCCGCCGUAUUGCAAAAUCUAUUUGGUAUACGCUCAUAAAAAAAGAAUCGGAUGUUACUGACUAUUUAGAAUGUAUCAAAGAGUUUGGUUUCGAUCACAUAAUCAUCAUCGGGGAACAUGAAAAUGGAUUGCUUUUUCUUGACUGUUAUGGUCGAGUAUUUGAUUGGGAUUAUAUGAUUGCUCAGUUACGACCACUUGGGAAGAAUUUGGAUGAAUGCGAAAUUACCCGGCUGGUGUGGGGCAUCGAGUCCGAUGGAACUAUUACUGAAUUUUUUUAUUUUGCAUAG